CGUCUGCCUUGGGCAGUUCUCCUUCUCUUUGCUCUUAUUCUGGGGGUCAACUCCUCUCCUUUGCUCAAUGAACGAGCUUCCCAGAAAUGCAACGCCAAAGAUGUUCAAAUCGUCAAACGUACCGCCAUGGAUCCUGUCUACUUCUGCACGUGGUGGAACUCGGAAUAUGCAGUAUCCGCACAAGAUCUCCUUUCCUUGAAUUCGGCCCGGAGAGUGACCGCUGCUUGCAAGUGCAUCGCAUCCACAAAGACCAAGCGCACGGAACACACGGAAGAACAUCAAGACCUUGAAAAGAGGCAGACUACGGAAUCUUGCAGACGUGAAGUGGGCACUCAAUUCACCCAGCCAUGGCAUUUCUGCAACUUCUACAAUGCCUAUCCGAGAAAGUCUUCGCCAUUCAAGAAAUAUACUGCAUCGCAACUGCUCAAGCUCUGCAACUGUGUUGAGGGAAAGUCUGUGUCGUCCUCAACUAAGAAAACCACGAGCUCUGUCAAGACUACCUCGAAGAAAACUUCGGCUACCGUGAAGUCGUCCUCGACGACAACAAAGAAGACUUCCUCAUCAUCUUCUAAAGCUAUCUCAAGCACCAGGAUCUCUAGCUCGAGCAAGCUUUCGACAAGUUCAAGCAAGUCUACAGGUCCUAGCAGCGUGAAGCUAUCCUCGACGACCACAAGAAAGACCUCUUCAUCGAGCUCCAGCGCUCUUUCGAGAUCCUCAACAUCAUCCUCUGCCAUUCCGCAAUAUAUCACGGUUACUCAGAUCAUCACUGUCACAGAGGGCCCGAAGAGCAGCCUGUCCACAGCGACAUCCACACUCGUUACUACUAUCCCAUUGAUUUCUGACGAGACUUCCACGGUAUCAUCAACUACGACAGAGGUCUCAACAACAACCAUCACAGUCACCACGACCGAUCUUACAGCUGUGACUCAGAUGUAUAAGCGCAAGCGUGACAUUGCUCCAAUCACCACAGAGUGCGGACAUGAUCACAAGCUCAAGAGACAGGCCCCUACGCCUACACCCACCGAGACCUCGGCUUCCAGCUCUGAGAUCUCAAGCUCUAGUGACUCGUCCCAGUCUACCAUUGUCACACCAGCUGCUUUGCAGACUUUCUCUGCUUCUGUACUGAGCUCGGCAUGUAGCGCAGAGAUCACGACAACAGCUACGACGGUGACUGAGGUGUCCACAGAGAGCACUGUCUCAACCGAGACAUCCACACAGACAAUCUCAUCAACUACAACCAUUUCAAUCGCUUCUAGUGCUCCGACUGGUGUUAUUGGCUAUCUUGAAAUCAGGCCUGUAAUCAACGCUGGUGCGCAAUAUGUAAGAUCCGACGACUCGACCCACAUGACAGACAACGGCAGAGAUCCAUCCAGUCGUGAGACAUUCAUCAUCACCUCGGACAACAAGCUCUACUCCGUUACCAAUAAUGCUUACUACUACGUAAAAGGGCAUCCGGAAACGACCUCCUGUACUGGAGCCACACUGCCAGUCAAGGACAAGCGUACUGCGCCUACUGGUGUUUACUACAAGUUCUGUCUCAGUAGCGAUCGUGGCGGCUCUACUGGUUCUCACAUGUACUUCUAUGGUGCGAACGACGCCAUAACCCAAAGCUGCCAACUGGUCGAUAUCUACUUUGCACCUACCUCG